AUCACAAUGACCCUCAUGAAACUGCCUUUGCUUGUCCCAUCUGUCCUUGUAUUCAAUAAUGCGUAUAUCUCUCCGGCCACGGCACCUCGUAAUGAUGAGACUAUCAGCGGUGGCCCGCUCUACGAGCGUAUCUGCCCAGUCAUUUUCCCGAUAUUACAACGGGUACUUCACACUGGACAGCUUCCGGAUAUGAUGCCAAACAGAUACUUCAUAAUGGGAACCAUCCUCGUCUUCAUGGGUUGCUUGGGACGCAUGUGGUGUUUUCGCGUCAUGGGACGCCAUUUCACUCACGAGCUCAGCUUGCGUAAGGACCACUCUCUUGUCACCGCAGGUCCGUACAACAUCGUGCGCCAUCCUGGCUAUGCAGCCAGCUGGAUCGCCUCGCUCGGGAUCUCGCUUAUCUGCGCGAGCCCCGGAUCGUUCAUGCUGUCAUCUGGGUGGCUCUCCACUUACUUCGGGCGUGUUGUAUUUGGAGUAUGGGUACUCCAAGUCAUACUGUCUGUCGUGCUAAGCUUUGCACGGUCCAUCAGCGAAGAUGCAAUGCUUCGCAAGCGUUUUGGGGGAGAAUGGGACCGGUGGUCUAAGAGGGUGUGCUACAGGCUUAUUCCGGGUGUGUUUUAG